AUGAGAAUCCGAGACAUCAUCAUUAUUGGUGUUGCCUUCGUGUGCAUCAUCAUCUGUUGGUCACAGGAAGGCUCACUCAACUUUCAGCGGGGGUUUAUGAUUCCUAUUGUAGACAAUAAGUUCACGGAGACGAUCAUGCCGAAGCCGAUUCUGGUGGACCCAGACGGCUCAGGGUCCCGAAUUCUCCUGAGUUCUACCACUGUUGGUUACCUGAACAUCUACAACACCCAGUACGCGCGCCGUCGCAUCGAUGACAACUUUGUGCGCCUCAGUCUUUCUACAGAGCUGAAUGUGUACGCCCCCAUCGUCGGGAUCGGCGCCGGAUACACAGAGUUGAACAGCAGCAUUGUGCUGUGCGCCAUCGUCACGGAAGACUACCAGCUCAUAGCAAUCUCCGUUCACACUUCCCCGCCCAGUGUACUGUGGAAGUCCCAGCUCGUGGCGCAACGGUACUGGACCGAUCUUACUCAUGCCUCUAUCUCUAUUGUUCCAGAGCGCAGCUGGGCUGAAGAUGUCGGCAUGAUUGCUGUUGCCGUCAAGGUUGUGGACACGUCAGGUGUAGAGAUGAUGAUGUACUCCGCGUUUGACGCCAAAACAGGCGCGCGGCGCUGGGGGUACUUCUCUGACGGAGGCAACGAAAUGGACGAUGUAGUGCGGGAGGCAAAUAGUGAAAUGACACAGGCAGAUGGCGGGGCUCCAGAGUUGCGCUUGCUUACCCACGAAGGUGAGGGCAAGGAUGGUGCCAAUCUGCACGAUUACUUGCAAGGGAGGAAGUACGAGCAGCCGUGGACCACAUUCCGUGAGUCUGUGAUGGCCGCCAUGCCGCAUCGCUACGCCCACGUGUGGGAUGCUCAGCUGUACCCGCACGUCUUCUAUCGAGCGAAGGCAAAGCGGAAGGCGCGCCCUAGUCGCGGUAAGGCAAAGCGACGGGCCACGUUUCGGUACAACGACCAGGUGGUGCACAUGGCGACGGAAGAUGACGGCAAUCUGGGCGACAAGCUGUCAGCGCUGAGACUGUCACUGAAGCAACCCACUCAAACCUCCCUCGCCGAAAAUGCAACUCGGCAGCGCCGUCGCCUGUCGAACGUUUUUGUGUUUCAUGGCGAGCAGGGUGUAGAGGUGGUUCACAUGUACACAGGAAACAUAGUGACAAAUGUGAUGCCGCUGAGGGCUGAUGGAACGUACUACGAUGACAUAAACGACGAUUUGGUGCUCGAGUCCCUCAGUACCCAGAUAGGCCCCCGUUCCACCGUGUUCGCCAAGCGCGGGAUUGACCUGUCGUAUGACUGUCUCGGCAUGAUUGAGACUGGAGUGCCGUUGUCUGCAGAUGAGCUCUUCAAUGCUACCGUGUGCAAUACGCAGGGCCUCUUUGGCAACCUCGACCUCAUUCACCACUUCGUUGACGGCGACAUCCGUGGCGAGGAGGCGCCCCGUGCGCUCAAUACACUCGAGCUGCUGGGCAGCCGCAGCGUUGCCUCUGCCAUGACGCGCGCAACCCCGCCUCUGAUUCUGCAGGUCCAGCAAAACAUGGGCGGUGGUCUGCAGCAGGUAGAGCGCUACGCUGCGUUCAUGAUUGACACCGGCCUUGUAACUUGCAUUGAUCCAUCGCGGAGGCGGGUGCUGUGGAGAGCACAGACAGGCGGACGCUUCGCCCCAACUCCAUCUGACGACAUGGCGGAGGCGAGGAAGAUCCGUUAUCAGGUGAAUAGUGAUGUUCGGCCGUUCCCGCAAAUGGUGCCGUACUCCCUCUUGCAGAAGAACCGCGAAACCGAUGUGACUUUCGUCGGUGGAGGAGGGGAGCCUUUCCGCCGCGUCGACACCUACGUCCUGGCAAUGGGCGACACUGAGUUUUCCAUAAUCAAGACAAAGAACGGCAAGGUCACUCGCUCCAUUUCGUUGCCGGAGCCGCCGGUGGCGCCGGUGCUUGUAGUGGACUUCAACGGCGAUGGCACAAACGAUCUCAUUGUAGUCUCGAAGUACCACAUUUUUGGCUUUGUGGGGAGCUCCCGAGCGUCGUCCGAAACUAUGGCCGCACUGAUGCUUUUGCUGGUCGGACUUCUCGGCAUUUUGUUUGCUGUGCGGGAAAAGAAAAUUGCUGAGGAAGGCCAAGACGAUUACACGCUGCCUGUGCACACAGGGGACAAGGUGCAGCGUAAGAAGACUUUCAAGCGAUCCACUGACUAA